GUUGUACUGCCGACCGCCAUCCUCCCCGUUGCCGAAAACCAUGGAAGCAGCGGCGUCACUCUUCGGCGCGGAAGGACCAGCGUCCGACCCAUUCUCCACCCUUGGCGACGAUUCGGCCAACGAUACCAGCAAGGACACCGGAGGUGCAGCUGCAUCCGCGGGCGACCUCUUUGGCGCCGAGUCUGCCGCCGGAGGCGACUUUUUCGAUCAAAUAGCGAGCGGGAACGACGGCGGGAAUGCCCAGGAGGGCGCAAGUGCAGUGGGGAACGAACCCGCUGGCUAUGCGAUGUCAGCUGCCGCGCAGACACCGCAAGCCAACGGUACCUCAGCGACAUACGGCCAGCAAGGGCACUACGAUGCGCAGCACCAAUGGCAGCCUGGAGGACAGCAGCAGUCCGAGAGCACCCACAGAGGAGCGGACGCGUACGCCCCCUCCACGAUGAUAUACGGCUACGAGAAGUACUCUAAACCAGCGUCGACAGGCGCGACGACGUCUUACGAUCCUUACCGACCUCCCACACAACCGGUCCAGAACACGUACCAGAGCCCAUCCAUCACGUCUUCGCAAAUGAAGAACGACCCAUAUGCACCACCCGCCUCAGCCUUCCAGUCUCCGGCGGCCCCGCAAUACAAUUCCUACACCCCAAGUGUAGGCACAACUGCAUCCCCGUAUGCCACGUACAGCGGAAGUACCGCAUCCCCAUAUGCGAAUCAGAACGCUACGGCCUCUCCGUAUACACCAUACGCGACAUACUCUGGCGCGACAUCACCGUACAUAACCCCGGCAGCAGAAACCCCUGCGCCUCCUCCCUCGCAGCCUCCUGUAAGGCCCAAAUUGGCGAAUGCGUACGAUCCACCGAUCCCAGCCGUCUCCAAGCGGAAGUCAACAACCCAACUGGCUCCAGCGGCUUCGGCGUACGGUGCAUACCCGAGUCCCGCAAUGUAUGGGUCUUUCCAGCAGCAACAGCAGCAGCCGGUGCAGCCUGCUCCCCCUCCGCCCCGCAAGGUGUCUACGCCAUCUGCGCCGCCUCGGCCGCCUAGCACCUCUCGCUUUGCUAGCCCACCUCCACCUCGCCCGACUAGUUCGAAUCAUGUCGUUGGGCUGCCCCCUCCUUCGCGUCCAACUAGCACAUCGCAAUACUCAGGCCUACCUCCAUCAACUUCGUCACCUUAUGCGCCUCCAUCAUCGGCCUCAUAUGCGCCUCCCACGGCUGCAGCACAUCCUCCGCCACCUCGGUCGCCCAGUGUCCCGUCGCAAUACGCAAGUCCGCCUCCUCCCAGGCCUUCUAGCCAGAAUUGGAAUCAGCCGUCGUCAUAUGCACCGACAGCUGGUUCGUAUGCACCCUCAGCGCCGGCGGAGUCGUCGCCGUCCGAACCUAAGGGUCCAUCGUCCGAGUACAAGCCUUCAGCAUCUACGGACCCGUAUGCCCAUACGUUGGGGAGUGCUGCGCAUGCAGCUGUGCCUUCACAGGAAGCGGAGGCUAGUGCGACAGCGCUCGACGCUGCGCUCGAUCCCGAGGGCGGCGGAUAUAGUUAUGGGCACGAUGAGGCCGAUGACCCUGAGGGUGGACAGCACUUCAACGAUGUGGAAGGUGGAGACGAUCCAGAAGCAGCUGUAUCCCCAGUUCACGCAGGUGCAGAUGCGCAUGCUACAUCGCCGACUUCGGUGCCCCUACCACCCUCGUCCGCUGGAACUCCGCCGUUGGACAAGGUCGCUUCGCGGUACACGGUGCCAGCAUACCCUGAGUUUGCCUACCCAUCGCCACCUACGUCAACGAUAUCACCACCUCCUACCAGACCUUCAGCUGGCCCGCCGCCUCCCAAGUCGAACCGCUCGUCACCGUCUGGGUCUCCAAGAUCAUCCGUGGACCUUACACAGCGCUACGGUAGUCCUUCUGUGCCUGAACGAGCUUCCUCGCGCGGCUCCCUGCGUCCAGCGAGCAGGACGGCGAGCCCGUCGGCCAACAGCGUCAGUGCGUAUGGGAUGGCGUACGCGACGCCUGGGGACCGUACGACUUCUCCAGUUACGCAUACCACUGCAAGGUCUCCGUACGAGCCUUAUGCGCCAGCGUCUGCUCAAGCCGCAAGCCCGUAUGAUCCCUACUCGCCUCAAGCGUCGUCGGUCAACCCGCCUGCAUCUACUGCACCUCCAGCACCUGCUGCAUUUGACCCGUACGCGCCGCCGCCGAAUGGCGCCGCUCCGGCAAGGGUGUCGUCGCCGGGCGCACAGUCCAUCUCGUCCAUACGGUCUACGACUUCGAGCCGCUAUGCACCACCACCAAAGAUGGCUCCGCCUCCACGCGGGGCCACGCAACACGAGAGGUCUAUGUCUAGCGGCUCGGUGAGGUCUGUGAACUCGUUAAGUCCCGAGGAUGCGUACGCGCCGAAUAGGCAAAACCACUACGAGGCGUCCAGUGCCUACGGCAGCAAUGGCGCGUCACCGUAUGGGUACGCGCCAUAUGCCUCAAACGAUGCUCUGGCUGCUCCAUCAGGCGCACAGGAGCUUACGGUCAAGCCUACAAUCUCGCAAUAUGCCCCUUCGCCCUCGCUGCUGGGUACGAACGACGUCCUGGGACGCACGGCUUCUCGCGCGCCCGUCAUCAGCUUCGGCUUUGGAGGCAAACUCGUCUCGUGCUUCCAUGGCGGCGACUCGCUCAACACAGGCUUCGACGUCGCACUCGCUGCGCGCAACCAGACCGGCGUCCGCGUGCAGACGCUCACGAAGCUGCUGCCCGAGUCCGCGCUUGACUUCCCGACGUCGGUGUUCCCGGGUCCUCUGAUAGGGGACCCGGGCGCGACGACGGCGACGAGUUUGGUGAAGACGAGCGCGUCGGUGGCGAAGGCGAAGAAGACAGCGGUGCUCAAAUACUUGACGGAUCGGAUUGAGGAGCUAGCGCGCGGGAUUGCGUAUUUGCAUAGCGAGAGCGUGGAGGGGAGGCGUGCUGAGGGGAAGUUGGUGUUGCUGAAGUUGCUCAAAGUUAUGGUGGAGCAUGAUGGCAAGCUGACGGGAGUCCCUCAGCACGAGAGCGCCAUCCGCGCAGCUUUGUUACCUCACAUGUACCCCGCGGACGCUUCUGGCGAACCGUCGCCAAGCGCGUACUCUUUCACUACGCCUGCCGAUGCAGCAGCCCAUUCCUUCACCGUCCCUGGCAUCUCGACGGACUCUAGCAGCGAGGCCCCUCUGUCUGUAGUGUCCUUGCGCAAGUCGACCCUUGACAAGAUUCAGGAUUUCCUCCGGAAAGGCGAGCGUCGGGCGGCAUAUAACUUGGCACUGGACGAGAAGCUUUGGGCGCAUGCCAUGGUCAUCGCAAGCAGCCUGGACAAGGAGGCGUGGCAGGAGGUCGUCAACGAGUUCCUCAAGGGCGAACUCGGCGUCAAGGGCUCGGAUGACCUUUCGGCCAAGCCUGCUGUCUCCAAUGGAUACGAGAGCUUGCGCGUGGCGUACCGCUUGUACUCUGGACAGGGUCCAGCCUCAGUACAAGAGAUGGUCCCUCCUAACUUGCUAGCUCAAGCCGCUGUAACUGGUCUGCCACCUCCGUCGAAUGGCGCUACUCCCAUGGCACCCAACUUCUCCCUCCCCGCGGGUUCCUCACACAUCUGUGAAGAGGCGCUCGCGAAGUGGGCGGACACGUUGGCGAUGAUGUACUCGAGUAACAUGUCCCCGGAUGUCUCUGCAGCCAUAACGGCGUUUGGCGACCAGCUGCAACUUAACGGAUGGGUCGAGGCGGCACAUGCAUGCUACCUACUCUCGCCUCUCACGUCGCCCAUCGGCGGGUUGACUGUGCCAGGCGCUCGUAUCGUCCUCCUUGGAUCUCGUGGUCCUCAGGCCCUGCCGAACUUCGAUAAGGAUCCGGACGCGGUCGUCUUCUCGGAAAUCGGGGAGUUCGCCAUGUCGUUAGCCACACCUAUUAAGGGUCAAGAACCGUUCCGUGGCUUCCCGCAUAUGCAGGCGUAUCGCUUGCUGCGCGCGGCUACGCUGGCGGAACUUGGGGAGGUGCAGCUCGCACAGAGGUAUUGCGAGGCCAUUUCGUCUAUGUUGGCGCAACCGUCGCCAUUCUACACCCGGACAAUGCUCGAGCAGCUCAAGGAGUUGUCGGACCGCCUUGCAGGUUGCACAGAGGGCGACAAGUCGGCGUCCUGGAUCGGCGGUAAGAUCAGCAAGCCCAGUCUGGCGUCCGUCGGUGGUUUCCUCGAGAAACGCCUCACGGCCCUUGUCGCUGGUGCGGACGGCGACGGGGAGAGCGAGCCCGAGCCGAAGAAGUCAGAGGCCUUCUCUGGACCUUUCGCGCUGUACGGCACACUGUCCUCGACGGAGCCGUCGCCCAACCCCUCGGUCACCAAUCUAAACGAGGGUAUGAACGGAUACGGGCCCCCAGGACGCUCUUCGUCAGCUGCGGAAGUGCGGCGCACUGCUCCUCCCCCGCUGAAUCGCACGGCGUCGGCCAGUGUGAGCUACGGGGCGCCGUAUGGACACUCGCCGAACCCCUACGCGGCGAGCGCGCUCAGUCCGAUUCAGGACGAGCCGUCGCCGCAGACGGACAAGGGAGACCAGCAGGACCAGGGCCAAGAAGUGACCUGGUGGGGCGCGGGCUCGUAUAGCAACACCGAGCAGUCGUCGCAGACUCCGAAGGCGUCGAACUUCGUCCACCUGAACGAGGGCCUUCAGGUGCCGCAGACGGACGGUUUCAUCUCGCUGAUGGACAAUGCCCCUACGCCGUUCUCCGCGCCACCAUCGUCAAUGAGCUUCCGCAACACGGAUCCGCCGCGCAACAACGCGUAUGAUGAGGAAGACAUGGAGGACCUUGGCUUCGGCAACUCGAAGAAGGAGAGGAGGUCCGAGGAGGUGGAGAGGAAGCCUGAGCCCGAGAAGCCGGCAGAGCGGCCAGAUCCCAAGCCAGUGCAGCAAUCUUCCUCUGGUGGUUCCUCCCGGUCGAGCUGGUGGCCGUUCUCUUGGAGAAAGAGUUCAGAGGGGCAGGGGCAGGGUCCCAUCAAGGCGAACCUCGGAGAGGAGGUAUCGUUCUACUACGAUAAGGAGCAGAAGCGGUGGGUCAACAAGAAUGCUGGCGGCAACGACAGCAAACCGGCUGCUCCGCCCCCGCCUCCACCGCGCGCGCAGACGGCGUCGCCGGGGAUGAUGAUGAAUCACAAUCCGCGCAUGACAGCGGCACCUCCUCUGAGUGGUACGCGCCCCCCAGCGCGCGCGGCGUCGGUGGCGGACAUGGCUUCCGGACCACCACCCGGCAAGACCAUCCCUCGAGUGCGCUCGAAUCUGGUGCCUACGCCCGAGGGGCCGCCCACUCCGGGGUCGCCGUUACCGGGCAGCAGCAGCUCCAGCUCGAUGCUUGCUCCGCCUGGGACCCCGCCACCUGGGCGCCCGCGGUCAUCUGCGUCGAAGCGUCCUGCGCGAAGCCGCUACGUGGACGUAUUCAAUCAACCUGGGCAAUGAGCGGGCUUCAGAUGUCUUCCUCGAGACUGUAGCAUAGACGUAGGCCUCUCCCUUCAUGGACUAUGGACGAUUUCACUGUCAUAAAAUGCUUAGCUUAUAACCGGCCGGAUGAGCUUUAGAGUCCUUAUAAAGAGUAAAUUAUUUAAGCGGAGUGCUUGUUCAAGGAAUAUCUAGCCCUGCUGGCCUGCGGAUUCCGGAC